UUAUAACUAGUAGAACAAACCAAACCAAACCUACUUCAAUUAAACCAAAAGCCAAAGCCAACAGAGAUUCAUUUCAAAAGGAAGAAGAAAACUCAAUGGGGAUGGCUUGGCCUCGUUACUUCAUCCUCACCGUCUUCUUCUUACCGGCAAUGGUUCAAGCAGGCAUUGUUCGUCACUACAAAUUUAACGUGGAGAUGACAAACACAACAAGGAUGUGUUCGACAAAGCCAAUCGUGACGGUUAAUGGCAAGUUUCCGGGUCCAACUAUUUACGCUAGGGAAGAUGAUACAGUGCUUAUUAAGGUCGUGAACCAUGUCAAAUACAACGUCUCUAUUCAUUGGCAUGGAAUUAGACAACUUCGAACCGGUUGGGCAGAUGGACCAGCAUAUAUCACACAAUGUCCGAUCCAACCGGGACAAAGCUACGUUUACAACUUCACCAUAACCGGACAAAGAGGAACACUUCUUUGGCAUGCACAUAUUUUAUGGCUAAGGGCUACGGUCCAUGGUGCCUUAGUCAUAUUGCCCAAGUUAGGUGUGCCAUAUCCAUUUCCCAAGCCCCAAAGGGAAGUAGUUGUUGUAUUAGCUGAAUGGUGGAAAUCUGAUACCGAGGAUGUAAUAAACGAAGCUACAAAAUCCGGUUUAGCACCAAAUGUGUCGGAUGCACAUACCAUUAAUGGACAUCCAGGCCCAACCUCAUCUUGUGUUAAACAUGGCGGAUUUAACCUAAAUGUGGAGGGCGGUAAGACUUACCUCCUACGAAUCAUCAACGCUGGACUCAAUGAAGAGCUUUUCUUUAAGAUAGCCGGACAUAAACUAACCGUAGUCGAAGUUGACGCAACAUAUGUUAAACCAUUCAAAAUCGACUCAAUCGUGAUUGCACCCGGUCAAACCACAAAUGUCCUUCUAACCACCGAUCAAGGCUCGGGCAAGUACAUGAUGGCUGCAUCCACUUUCAUGGACGCACCCAUCGCGGUUGACAAUCUAACUGCAACCGCCACACUACACUAUACAGGCACUCUCGCCACCUCUCCAACAACCCUAACCACCCCUCCCCCGAAAAACGCAACCUCAAUCGCAAACAAUUUCAUCGAUUCUCUUAAAGCCUUAAACUCGAUAAAGUAUCCGGCUAAGGUUCCGAAAAAUACCGUGGACCACUCGCUAUUAUUCACAGUCGGGCUAGGCAUUAACCCGUGCCCGACUUGCAAAGCGGGCAACGGUAGCCGGGUCGUGGCGUCUAUAAACAACGUCACAUUUGUUAUGCCCACUAUUUCUCUUCUCCAGGCUCAUUUUUUCAAUAUAAAAGGCAUAUUCACUACUGAUUUCCCGGGUAACCCGCCCAACGUGUUUAACUAUACAGGCCCCGGGCCGACAAAUUUGCAGACGACAAACGGAACGAAAGUUUAUAGGUUAUCUUAUAAUGAUACGGUUCAAGUUGUUUUGCAAGAUACGGGUAUAAUAGCUCAGGAGAAUCACCCGGUUCAUCUUCACGGGUUUAACUUUUUCGUGGUGGGAAAAGGGCUGGGAAACUAUAACUCGAGCAAGGAUCCGACGAAAUUCAAUCUCGUGGAUCCUGUCGAGAGGAAUACUGUUAGCGUACCCUCGGGCGGAUGGGUGGCCAUAAGAUUUCAAGCAGAUAAUCCAGGAGUUUGGUUCAUGCAUUGUCACUUAGAAGUUCAUACAACAUGGGGAUUAAAGAUGGCUUUUUUGGUGGACAAUGGAAAGGGACCCAAUGAAUCUAUUCUUUCCCCUCCCAAAGAUCUUCCCAAAUGUUAGUGAAGAUGCAAGAUGAUGUUAAACUUGUUCAAGAGUUUCAAUUUUAAAUUUUUUGUGCACAAAACAAGGCUUGUUUCAAUAACCAUAUCUUCUUAUAUAUUAUAUAUUAUAUAUUAUCUAUAUAUAUAGUGUGUGAUCUAUUUGUUUUUUAUAAAGAGAGAAAUAACUUUGUGUCAAAUGGCAUACUAUUUGCCUAAGUUGGUCUAAUUAAGAAAUUUCUCCACCAUUUGUUUCUUAUGUAACCUCAAGUGUUUAAUAUUAUUUUGAUUGCUCAA